AUGUCGACGGCUUCGGACAGAAUCGACAGCAUCGCUAACCAUCUUACUAUUACUGGAGCUGCCAAAGCUCCCAGAAGCCCCGACGAUGUAGUCAUUGUCGCCGCCUACCGCACCCCCCUCUGCAAAGCCGGAAAAGGCGCCUUCAAAGAAACCCACCCCGAGUACCUCCUCUCAGUCGCCCUAAAAUCCAUCCGCGAAAAGACCGGCAUCGACCCCGCCCUCGUCCAAGACAUCCAAGUCGGCAACGUCUGCAUGCCGGGUGCAGGCGUCACCACAUCCCGCAUGGCUGCUCUCUACGCCGGUUACCCCGAGUCUGUAGCGUUGGCUGCUGUCAAUAGACAAUGCUCGUCGGGUCUCGCUACUUGCGCCAACAUUGCGUCCGCUAUCAAGGCUGGAUACAUUGAUGUGGGGAUUGGGUCUGGCGUCGAGUCGAUGAGCAUGUACUACAGCCCGACUCCGCAGAUGGAUAUCGAUCAAGAGAUCCUCGCGUAUGGCCCGUCCGCGGAAGUGCUCACGCCUAUGGGCAUCACCUCCGAAAACGUCGCGAGAGAGUUUGGCAUCAGCCGUGACGAACAGGACAAAUUUGCGUUGCGGUCCCACACGUUAGCCGCCAAAGCACAGAAAGAGGGUUUGUUCGAUGAGGAGAUCAUCCCCGUGACUCUCCGCAACGGCACCGUGGUCAGCAGAGACGAUGGUAUCCGCCCAACCACGGCGGAAGGCCUAGCAAAACUCAAGCCGGCGUUCAGCAAAGACGGAUCCACCACCGCCGGCAACGCAUCACAAGUCACGGACGGUGCCGCCGCUGUCCUCCUAAUGCGCCGCAGCAUCGCCGAGAUGCUCGGACUGCCUGUCCUGGCCCGAUGGCUGGGCUACACCGCCGUUGGCGUUCCCGCCCGAAUCAUGGGCAUCGGACCAGAAAAGGCCAUCCCGCAAGUGCUCCGCCAAGUCGGGCUAAAAACGGACGACAUUGACAUCUAUGAGAUCAACGAGGCGUUUGCUUCGCAAUGUGUAUAUGUGCAGCAGAAGCUCGGCAUUCCCAUUGAUAAGAUCAACCCCAAAGGUGGGAGUAUUUCGUACGGGCAUCCGAUGGGUGCUACUGGGUCCCGUCAGAUUGCUACACUUCUUCCUGAACUGCGUCGGCAGAAGAAGCGAUUUGGGAUCGUCUCCAUGUGCGUUGGCAUUGGGCAGGGGGUUGCGGCGGUGAUUGAGAAUGAGGUCUUGUAG